CAUAGGAACACCCAAACUCAACCAUCAUCAGUUCACAAAAUUGUAUCGCAUUUAUUUGUUUAUCAUCAAUAUUCGGUAGGAGUUCGUAGCUUUUAUCAGUUCACAAAAUUCUUUUAUCGAUGGAUUUUCUGAAUUUUGUCAAGAGCUUUGUGGUCUAUGUAGUUAUCUUCGCAUUCUCUGUUCAAACCACUCUAGGAAGUAUUGCAUGUGAAAAUUUGAACAAGGACUCAUGUGCAUUUGCCGUAUCAUCAAGUGGAAAGCGAUGUGUGCUUGAGAAGAAUGUCCGAAGGAGCGGGGAGGAGGUGUUUGUUUGCAGUACCUCACAAAUAGAUACUAAUAAGUUAGCAAGUUGGAUAGAAACUGAUGAAUGCCUAGAUGCAUGUGGGCUUAACCGUAACAUCCUAGGGAUCUCCUCCGACUCCCUUCUUGAGUCUCGGUUCAUGCAAAAACUUUGCUCAACUCAAUGUCACAAUGGUUGUCCGAAUAUUGUUGAUCUAUACAAUAAUCUUGCCGUUGGCGAAGGUGUAUAUUUACCGAGCUUAUGUCAAGCACAAGGAGAUAGCAAGAGGAGAGGGAUGAGCGAGAUAAGGAGCUCGGGCUAUGUUGGCGCACCUGGACCCAUGGUGCCAGUGAAAUUUAUGGUUGAUGGUUCCCUGUCAAUGGCCCCGUCCCCUUCUGAUUCCAGUUAGUUGAGUUUGCCUUGUUUUUAGAUGUGUAAUAUCUUUCUAAGUGUUGUCCAAUUGUUUUCGAAUAAGGAUGGAUCAUCCAAGAAUUAAGUUUUGUAAUUUCAUCGUGUAUAGUUGAGUUUGCCUUGUUUUUAGCUGUGUGAUAUCUAGCUAUGUAUUGUCCAAUUGUUCUCGGAUAAGGAUGGAUAAGUUUAAAUUUUAUCGUGC